ACACACACACUUACACACAGUCAGAGCUGACGUGGGCUGAGGUCUGAGCAGGGCUCCUUCUGGAACAGCUGGUAUCCAUCUGUGGUAGCCAUUGCUCUGGCUGCUGCUUCUUCCUGCUGUUGUAUGCACCGUGGCUGGCCCGAGAGCACACAAACCGGCCCACUGCAACCCAUUCAUGAGCUCUGCUGCAGUCACACUCUGGGAAUCAGCCUGACUACAGAUAGUGAGGCUCUACUGGUGACAAGCAGUGUGCUCACCAGCCUUCAGCAUGGAUAUCCUGACAGCCUGGGCUGUCACUAACCCAGCUGUGGCCCGGCUCCUCUGGGUCCUAGUUCUGGUGCUGGCCACCCUCCUGGUCUGGCUCUUCUUCUUCUGCUGCUACAGUUGGAACCAGAACUCCUCGUCCUCCCUGGAGAGGUACCUGGCAGUGACAGCAAAGCGCUCCAAAUCUAAAGCUCCGACUCAGAGGAAGAAAAAGCCCAAAGAGAAGCCAGUUGCUUCGGUCAAGUCAGAGGAAGUUGUGGCGAAGGAGUCUGUGGCCCUUGGACAGGAGCCACCGUGUCCGGCAGUGAGGAAAAGGAAGAGACAACCUCUUAAAGUCGGGAUGGAAACUGUGACUGGAGUGAGAUCACAGAAGACUAUGGAGGAGGUGAAGGACAAGCCCAAGAGGAGGCCUCUGGUCAGGGCUGCGUCGGAGGAGAGCUCCACUGAUCUGAGUUCAAUAAAUUACUCUCCGUCCCCUGGUGACACGCUGCCCUGGAACCUGCCCAAACACCAUCGCAUCAAGCGCUCCAAGUCAGCUUCUGGAGAUGUGCUGGACCCAGCAGAGAGGGCCGUCAUCCGCAUCGCAGAUGAACGGGACCGAGUUCAGAAAAAGACCUUCACAAAAUGGGUCAACAAGCACCUGAUGAAGCACUGGAAGGCGGAGGCCCAGAGACACAUCACUGACCUGUACGAGGACCUCAGAGAUGGACACAACCUCAUCUCCCUGCUGGAGGUGCUCUCUGGAGAGACACUGCCGAGGGAACGUGACGUUGUGAGGAACGUGCGGUUGCCGCGGGAGAAAGGCCGGAUGCGCUUCCACAAGCUGCAGAAUGUACAGAUCGCCCUGGACUUUCUCAAACACAGACAGGUCAAACUGGUCAACAUCAGAAAUGAUGACAUUGCAGAUGGAAACCCCAAGCUGACCCUGGGGCUGAUAUGGACCAUCAUCCUUCACUUCCAGAUCUCAGACAUUCAGGUGAACGGCCAGUCGGACGACAUGACCGCCAAAGAGAAGUUGUUGCUUUGGUCUCAGAGGAUGGUGGAGGGAUACCAGGGCCUGCGCUGCGACAAUUUCACCACCAGCUGGAGGGAUGGCAAGCUCUUCAACGCCAUCAUACACAAACACAGGCCCACUCUGAUUGACAUGAGUCAAGUGUACCGACAGAGCAACCAGGAGAAUCUGGAGCAGGCGUUCAGCGUGGCAGAGAGAGACCUGGGCGUCACCAGACUGCUGGACCCCGAAGAUGUGGAUGUGAUCCAUCCAGAUGAGAAAUCCAUCAUCACUUAUGUCUCCUCUCUGUACGAUGUCAUGCCCAGAGUACCAGACAUUCAGGAUGGUGUCAAAGCCAAUGAGCUGGAGCUGCGUUGGCAGGAGUAUUAUGAGCUGGUCACCAUGCUGCUGCAGUGGAUUAGACACCACAUCCUCGUCUUUGAGGAGAGGAAGUUCCCCACCAGCUAUGAGGAGAUUGAGGUUCUUUGGCGUCAGUUUCUGAAGUUUAAGGAAACAGAGCUUCCUGCAAAAGAGGCAGACAAGAACCGCUCCAAACACAUCUUCAAGUCUUUUGAGGGUGCAGUUCAGGCAGGUCAUGUCAAAGUGCCGCCAGGUUACCAUCCCUUUGAUGUGGAGAAGGAAUGGGGUCGUCUGCACAUCGCCAUACUGGAGAGAGAGCGUCUCCUCAGGACAGAAUUUGAGAGGCUGGAGCGACUUCAGAGGAUCGUCAGUAAGGUUCAGAUGGAGUCGGGGGUGUGUGAGGAGCAGCUCAACCAGGUGGAGACUCUGCUGCAGACGGAUGUGAGGAUGCUGAGCUCGGGGAAACCUGCUCAGCACACAGCAGAGAUGGAGGCAGAUCUGGAAAAAGCAGAAGGAAUGAUCCGCUUCCUCUUCAACGAUGUUCAGCUGCUCAAAGAUGGACGCCACCUUCAAGCUGAGCAGAUGUACCGCAGAGUGUAUCGUCUCCAUGAGAGGCUGGUGAACCUCCGCAGCGAGUACAACCUGCGCAUCAAGUCAGGUGUGACCACCACACAGAUCCCCAUGACUCAGAUCCACACUGUUCAGGUCCUGCAGCAGGCCCCUGUGAGGGUGCGGCCUGAGCUGGAUGAAGUCACACUGCGUUACAUCCAAGAUCUGCUGGGCUGGGUGGAGGAGAACCAGCGCCGGGUGGAUGAUGGGGAGUGGGGCUCCGACCUGCCCACCGUCGAGUCCCAGCUGGGCAGCCACCGUGGCCUGCACCAGUCCGUGGAGGAGUUCCGCUCCAAGAUCGAGAGGGCAAAAGCUGAUGAGAGUCAGAUCUCACCUGCCAGUAAAGCUGCCUACCGCGACUAUCUGGGAAAACUAGAGCUGCAGUAUGGCAAGCUCCUGAACGCCUCUAAGGCCCGUCUGCAAUACCUGGACCAGCUUCACGCCUUCGUCACUGCAGCCACCAAAGAGCUGAUGUGGCUGAAUGAGAAAGAGGAGGAGGAGGUCAACUACGACUGGAGUGAACGAAACACCAACAUGGCAGCCAAGAAAGAAAACUACUCGGGUUUGAUGAGAGACUUGGAGCUCAGGGAGAAGAAGAUGAACAGUGUCCAGGUCACAGGAGACAAACUGCUGAGGGACGGACACCCUGCCAGGAAGACUGUAGAGGCCUUCACUGCAGCUCUGCAGACUCAGUGGAGUUGGAUCCUCCAGCUGUGCUGCUGCAUCGAAACGCACCUGAAAGAAAACACUGCCUACUUCCAGUUUUUCUCUGACGUGAAGGAGGCAGAGGAGAAGAUCAAAAAGAUGCAAGACACAAUGAAGAGGAAGUACACCUGUGACCGCUCCAUCACAGUCACACGGCUGGAAGAUCUACUGCAGGACGCAGCUGAUGAGAAAGAGCAACUGACUGAGUUCAAAACUCACCUGGAAGGCCUGAAGCGAAGGGCCAAGACCAUCGUCCAGCUAAAACCACGUAACCCUGCUACCGCAAUAAAGAGCAAACUGCCCAUCCAGGCCGUCUGCGACUUCAAACAGAUGGAGAUCACAGUCCACAGAGGAGAUGAAUGUGCUCUGUUGAACAACUCGCAGCCUUACAAUUGGAGGGUGCUGAAUGACAAAGGCAGCGAGGCGUCUGUGCCAUCUAUCUGCUUCCUGGUUCCACCCACCAAUAAGGACGCUGUGAACGGUGUUGCUGGACUGGAUGGAAACCUCCAGAGGCUGCACACGAUGUGGCAGACGAUGUUUGUGGACAUGAAGAGCCUGCUGUCCUGGCAGUACCUGAUGAGAGACAUCCACAUAAUCAAAACCUGGAACAUCACCAUGUUUAAGACUCUGAGGGUGGAGGAGUACCGACUGGCCCUGAGGAACCUGGAGCUGCACUACCAGGACUUCUUGAGAGACAGCCAGGACUCCCAGAUGUUCGGGGCCGAGGACCGAAUGCAGGUGGAGUCCAAUUACAACAGAGCCAACCAGCACUACAACACGAUGGUCAGCUCUGCAGAACAAGGCUAUGUGCCACCCAGGGCAGGAGAGCAAGACGAGUCUGUGUGCAAGACUUAUCUGACGCAGAUCAAGGACCUUCGUCUGAGGCUGGAGGGUUGCGAGAAUCGAACAGUAACACGCCUCCGCCAGCCUGUGGAUAAGGAGCCACUCAAGGCCUGCGCCAUGAAGACUGCAGAGCAAAUGAAAGUCCAGUCCGAGUUGGAGGGCUUAAAGAAAGACUUGAACUCUAUCACUGAGAAGACUGAGGAGGUUCUGGCGUCUCCUCAGCAGUCCAGCUCCGCCCCAAUGCUGCGCUCUGAACUGGACGUCACACUGAAGAAGAUGGACCACGUCUACGGCCUCUCCUCCGUCUACCUGGACAAGCUGAAGACCAUUGAUGUUGUGAUCAGAAACACUAAAGAUGCAGAAGACACACUGAAGAUUUAUGAGACUCGUCUGCGUGAUGUUAGCAAAGUGCCGGCUGAAGAGAAGGAGGUGGAGGACCAUCGUAGUCAGCUGAAGUCAAUGUAUGCUGAAGCUGAGGCCGACCAGGUAGUAUUUGACCGCCUGCAGGACGAGCUGAAGAGAGCAACAGCUAUCAACGACAAGAUGACAAGGAUCCACAGCGAGCGUGACGCUGAGCUGGAGCAUUACCGUCAGCUGGUCAACAGCCUCCUGGAGCGCUGGCAGGCGGUGUUUGCUCAGAUUGACCUGAGGCAGCGGGAGCUCGACCUCCUCGGGCGCCACAUGAACUCCUACAAUGGAAGCUACGAGUGGCUCAUCCUCUGGCUCGGAGAAGCGAGGCAGAGGCAGGAGAAAAUUCAAGCUGUGCCUAUCGGCGACAGCAAGGCUCUCAAGGAGCAACUGGCAGAGGAGAAGAAACUCCUGGAAGAGUUUGAGAAAAACAAGGACAAGAUUGAAAAUUGCCAGAAAAAUGCAAAGGCCUACAUUGAUUCAGUCAAGGAUUACGAGCUCCAGAUUUUGACUUACAAAGCCCUCCAGGAUCCCAUAGCGUCUCCUUUGAAGAAACCAAAAAUGGAGUGUGCAUCUGAUAAUAUCAUUCAAGAGUAUGUUACUCUGAGAACCCGCUACAGUGAGCUGUUGACUCUCACCAGCCAGUACAUUAAGUUCAUCACAGAAACACAGCGCCGCCUGGAGGAGGAUGAGAAAGCUUCUGAAAAACUAAAAGAAGAGGAGAGGAAAAGGAUGGCAGAGAUACAAGCUGAGUUAGAUAAACAGAAACAGUUAGCUGAGGCUCAUGCUAAAUCUGUGGCCAAAGCAGAAAAAGAAGCCCAGGAGCUGAAGUUGAAGAUGAAAGAAGAAGCCAGCAGGAGGCAAGAUGUUGCAGUGGAUGCUGAGAAACAGAAGCAAAACAUACAGCAGGAGCUGCAUCACCUGAAGAGUCUGUCUGAACAGGAGAUCAAGUCCAAGAGUCAACAGCUAGAAGAGGCGCUAGUCAGUCGUACCAAAAUUGAGGAGGAAAUCCACAUAAUUAGAGUCCAGCUGGAGACAACAAUAAAACAGAAGACCACAGCUGAGGGUGAAUUACAGAUGCUCAGAGACAAGGCUGCUGAGGCUGAGAAGCUCAGGAAAGCUGCUCAGGAGGAGGCAGAAAGACUUCGCAAGCAGGUGGCCGAAGAGACUCAGAAGAAGAAAAAUGCAGAGGAUGAGCUGAAACGUAAAUCUGAGGCCGAAAAAGAAGCUGCCAAGCAGAAGCAGAAAGCAAUGGAUGACCUGCAGAAAUUCAAAAUGCAAGCCGAGGAGGCAGAAAGGCGCAUGAAACAGGCUGAAGAAGAGAAACUGAGGCAGAUCAAGGUAGUAGAGGAGGUGGCACAAAAGUCUGCUGCCACACAGUUGCAAACCACAUCCAUGUCAUUCAACGAAAAGGCAACAAAACUCGAGGAAUCCCUUAAGAAAGAGCAGGGCACUGUCCUUCUGUUGCAGGAGGAAGCUGAAAAACUCAGGAAACAACAAGAGGAAGCUAAUAAAGCCAGGGAGCAAGCAGAGAAAGAGCUUGAAACAUGGAGACAGAAAGCCAAUGAGGCUCUCCGCUUGAGGCUACAAGCUGAAGAAGAAGCUCAAAAGAAGAGCCAGACUCAAGAGGAAGCAGAGAGGCAGAAAGUUGAGGCAGAGCGGGAUGCCAAGAAAAGGGCUAAAGCUGAAGAUGCUGCUCUUAAACAGAAGGAGAAUGCAGAGAAAGAGUUGGAAAAACAGAGGAAAUUUGCAGAACAAAUAGCCCAGCAAAAGUUGUCUGCAGAACAGGAAUGCAUACGACUAAAGGCUGACUUUGAACAUGCUGAACAACAGAGGGGCCUGUUGGAUAAUGAGCUCCAGCGUCUAAAAAAUGAGGUGAAUGCUGUUGAAAACCAGAGGAAGCAACUGGAAGAUGAGCUGGCUAAAGUCAGAAGUGAAAUGGAUGCUCUUCUGCAGAUGAAGAUUCAAGCUGAGAAGGCGACGCUGUCGAACACAGAAAAGAGCAAGCAGCUUCUUGAGUCUGAAGCAUUGAAAAUGAAACAACUUGCUGAGGAAGCAACUAGACUGAGAUCAGUUGCUGAAGAGGCGAAGAAGCAGAGGCAGAUUGCAGAGGAUGAGGCAGCUCGGCAGAGAGCUGAGGCUGAAAAAAUACUAAAAGAAAAACUGGCUGCCAUCAACGAGGCAACUAGUCUGAAGACUGAAGCUGAGAUCGCUCUGAAAGCUAAAGAAGCUGAAAAUGAAAGACUGAAAAGAAAAGCUGAGGAUGAAGCUUAUCAGAGAAAGCUGCUGGAGGAUCAAGCUGCUCAGCAUAAACAAGACAUAGAAGAGAAAAUCAAACACCUGAAGAGCUCAUCUGAUUCUGAGUUAGAGAGACAAAAAACAAUUGUGGAAGAAACUCUGAGGCAAAAGAAGGUGGUUGAAGAAGAAAUCCACAUCAUUAGGAUCAACUUUGAGAGAGCAUCAAAAGGCAAGUCGGAUUUGGAAGUGGAAUUAAAGAAACUGAAGGGUAUUGCAGAGGAGACACAGAAGAGCAAACUCAAAGCUGAGGAAGAGGCUGAGAAACUGAAAAAGCUUGCUGCAGAGGAAGAGAAGAAAAGGAAAGAAUCUGAGGAGAAGGUAAAGAGGAUUACUGCAGCAGAAGAAGAGGCAGCUCGACAAUGCAAAGCUGCUCAGGAGGAAGUUGAACGCCUCAAAAAGAAAGCUGCUGAAGCAAAUAAACAGAAAGACAAAGCUGCGAAAGACGCAGAGAAGCAGGUCAUUCUGGCUAAAGAGGCAGCACAGAAAUGCAGUGCCGCAGAACAGAAAGCCCAAGAUGUUCUCAGCAAGAAUAAAGAAGACAUUCUUGCUCAAGAAAAGCUGAAAGCUGAAUUUGAAAAUGCUAAGAAACUUGCUCAAGCAGCUGAGAAAGCCAAAGAGAAUGCAGAGAAAGAGGCUGCCCUGCUCCGUCAAAAAGCGGAGGAGGCUGAAAAACAGAAAAAAGCUGCAGAGGAUGAAGCUGCAAAACAGGCCAGAGCUCAAAAAGAUGCAGAGAGACUGAGGAAAGAAGCAGAGGAGGAGGCCUCCAAGCGAGCGGCAGCUGAAGCAGCAGCUCUAAAGCAGAAAAAAGAGGCUGACGCAGAGAUGGCCAAGCACAAAAAAGAAGCAGAACAAGCACUUAAGCAGAAGUCUCAGGUUGAGAAGGAACUUGCAGUGGUUAAACUGCAGCUGGAUGAGACUGAUAAGCAGAAAGUUGUGUUGGAUGAGGAGCUUCAGCGAGUUAAAGGUGAAGUAAAUGAUGCCGUCAAGCAAAAGGCCCAGGUGGAGGAUGAACUGUCCAAAGUUAAGAUCCAGAUGGAUGAGCUCCUGAAACUUAAGCUUAAGAUUGAGAAAGAAAACCGGCACCUCAUGCAGAAAGACAAAGAUAAUACACAGAAAUUACUUGCAGAGGAAGCAGAGAAAAUGAAGAGCCUGGCGGAGGAAGCUGCCAAACUAAGUGUGGAAGCUGAGGAAGCAGCCAGACACAGACAAAUUGCUGAGUCUGACUUAGCUGAACAGAGGGCACUUUCAGAAAAAAUGCUAAAGGAGAAAAUGCAGGCCAUCCAAGAGGCUACAAAACUGAAAGCUGAGGCAGAGGAGCUCCAGAAACAGAAGAAUCAGGCACAGGAAAAGGCUAAAAAACUACUAGAGGACAAACAGCAGAUCCAGCAGCGCCUUGAUAAGGAGACUGAGGGCUUUCAAAAAUCAUUAGAGGCUGAGCGAAAGAGGCAGCUUGAAGUUUCAGCUGAGGCAGAGAAACUGAAAUUGAGGGUGAAAGAGCUCAGUGACGCUCAGGCAAAAGCUGAAAAGGAGGCUAAGAAAUUCAAGGAACAAGCUGAUGAAGCAAAAGCGCGUCUUCUAGAUGCAGAAAAACAAACUACAGAAACUGUUGUGCAAAAGUUGGAGACACAGAGGCUACAGAGCACCAGAGAGGCUGAUGACUUGAAGAAAGCCAUCGCUGACCUUGAAAAAGAGAAGGAGAAACUGAAAAAAGAGGCAGAGGAGCUUCAGAAAAAAUCUAAAGAGAUGGCAAAUGCCCAACAAGAACAAAUUGAGCAACAGAAGGCCAUUCUUGAGCAGUCCUUCCUCACAGAGAAGGAACUGUUGUUGAAAAGAGAAAAGGCUGUUGAAGAUGAGAAAAAGAAGCUUCAGAAACAGUUUGAGGAUGAAGUGAACAAGGCCAAAGCUCUCAAAGAUGAACAAGAACGUCAGCAGAAGCUAAUGGAAGAGGAGAAGAAGAAACUUCAGGCUAUUAUGGAUGAGGCUGUAAAGAAACAAAAGGGAGCUGAAGCAGAGAUGAAUAACAAGCAGAAAGAAAUAGAAGUGCUUGAAAAGAAAAGGCUUGAACAAGAAAAACUCCUGGGAGAGGAAAACAAAAAGCUCAGAGAGAAACUUCAGAGUCUUGAGGUUGCCUCCAAACAGGGUGCAUCCAAAACAAAGGAAAUUGAAGUCCAAACUGAUGAGGUUCCUGAGGAGCAGUUAGUUGCCAUGACAAUGGUGGGAACAACAAAGAAAGUUUUCAAUGGCUCUGUUGAAGUGGAGGCAGCGAAGAAAGAUGGAGAAUCACCUUUAGCAUUUGAUGGAAUUAGAGAGAAAGUUCCUGCUGAAAGGCUUCAUGACAUUGGUGUCCUGACCAAAAAGGAAUUUGACAAAUUAAAAAAGGGCAAAGUCUCUGUGCAAGACCUCGGAAAGACUGAUAAAGUUAAAUCAUGUCUUAAGGGUCAGAGCUGUGUCGGAGGUGUCUUGACUCCAUCCAAAGAGAAAAUGAGUGUCUAUCAGGCUAUGACUGAGAACAAGAUUACUCCUAGCACUGCCACAAUGCUCCUGGAAGCUCAAGCAGCUUCUGGUUACAUCGUAGAUCCAGUGAAAAAUAAACUCCUCUCUGUAGAUGAGGCUGUUAAAGAUGAGUUAAUAGGCCCUGAGCUCCAUGACAGGAUGCUCUCUGCAGAGCGAGCAGCCACUGGCUUCAAAGAUCCCUAUACUGGAGCCAAAAUCUCUCUCUUUGAGGCCAUGAAGAAGGGACUUAUUGAAAAAGAGCAGGCUACCAAAUUCCUAGAUGUACAGCUUGCAACUGGUGGGAUCAUUGACCCUAUCAAUAGUCAUAGAGCGCCUCUUCAGACUGCCUACAAGCAGGGUCAGUUUGAUGCAGACAUGAACAAGAAACUCACUGACCCCAGUGAUGAUUGCAAAUUAUUUAUUGACCCCAGCACUCAGGAGCAACUCACUUACAAACAGUUAUUGGAGAAAUGCACCAAGGAUGCAGAGACAGGACUGCUGAUAUUACCAGUAACAGAGCAAGCUGCUCAAAGUGAUAGAACAUGCACAGAUCUGGAGACUAAAGAAGUGUUCAGUAAAUCAAACGUUGUUGUGCCUUUUGGAAGGUUCAAAGGCAAAACUGUCACCAUUUGGGAAGUCAUAAAUUCAGAAUAUUUCACUGAAGUGCAAAGAAGAGAAUUGAUUCGCCAGUACAAGACAGGCAAGAUCACAGUAGAGAAGAUCAUUAAAAUUGUCAUCACUGUUGUGGAAGACAAGGAAAAGAACAAUGAAAACGUGUUUAAUGGUUUAAGGGCUCCAGUCUCUGCCAGUGAACUGUUAGAGUCUAAGAUUAUAAACAAAGACUUGUUCAACAAGUUGAGUAAUGGCAAGAUAACAGUUAAAGAGAUCUCUGAGAUGGAGCAUGUGCAGAAGGCACUACAAGGAACACCAAGCAUUGCUGGACUGUUGAAUGAACCAACCAAAGAAAAAAUGCCUUUCUAUCAAGCUAUGAAGAAAGAAUUACUGUCACCAGAAACUGCAGUGAACCUUCUUGAAGCUCAAGCUGCGACUGGGUUUGUAAUUGAUCCUGUCAAAAAUGAGAGGGUCCCUGUUGAUGAAGCUGUUAAGUCGGGUCUUGUGGGACCAGAACUGCAUGAACGACUUCUGUCAGCAGAGAGAGCUGUCAGCGGCUACAAAGAUCCCUAUACAGGAAAGAAGGUGUCUCUGUUUGAAGCCAUGAAUAAAGGCCUUAUAAAGAAAGACCAUGGCAUCCGUCUACUUGAGGCACAACUCUCAACAGGUGGAAUUAUUGACCCUGUUAAAAGCUAUCACAUCCCACAUGAGGUUGCCUGCAAGCGUGGAUAUUUUGAUGAGGAAAUCAGCAAGACCUUGAACAAAAACACUGAUGAAACAAAGGUCUUUUAUGAUCCUAACUCACAAGAGGAUUCAACCUAUGCUCAGCUCAUGAAUAAAUGUGUCACAGACAAAGAAACUGGACUCCCGUUGCUUUCUCUUUCAAAGAAGGCUGCAAAGCCAAAAGAAGACAAACAGAUUACAGAGGCUAAGACAAAAGAGACUUUGAACCACACAACUAUGGAGCUGGAGUAUGGCCCUUUCAAAGGAAGAAAAGUCACAAUUUGGGAGAUCAUACACUCUGAAUACAUCACAGAGGAGCAAAGAAUAGAGCUGAUUCGCCAGUACAGAACGGGGCAGGUGACAAUUGAAAAGUUGAUCAAGGUUGUGAUAACCAUGGUUGAAGAAAAAGAGGAUAAACCAAAGGAAGAGGCCGAUUUUGAAGGCCUUAGGGCACCAGUCACUGCUCGCUCUUUGCUUGAUUCCAACAUCAUUGAUAAGGCUACAUUUGACCUACUCCAACAGGGUAAAAAGACACCUAAAGAAGUUAGUGAAACUGAUAAGGUUCGGAAGUACUUGCAGGGCACAGACCGCGUUGAUGGUAUCACUAUAGAAGAUUCAAAUGAGAAGUUAAGCAUAUAUCAAGCAAUGAAAAAGAAUGUUUUGCAACAAAACACUGGGCUUGCACUACUUGAGGCCCAAGCUGGAACUGGUUUCAUAACUGAUCCAGUCAAAAAUCUGAAAUACUCUGUGGAUGAUGCUGUGAAGGAUGGAGUUGUUGGUCCAGAGCUUCAUGAAAAACUUCUCUCAGCUGAAAAAGCAGUGACGGGAUACAAAGAUCCAUAUACAGGAAAUAAGAUUUCUCUAUUCCAAGCCAUGAAGAAAGAGCUUGUUUUGAGAGAGCAUGCUAUCCCUCUACUGGAGGCUCAGUUAACCACAGGAGGGAUCAUUGAUCCAAUCAGCAGCCACCGUGUUCCCAAUGAUGUAGCCAUUCAGCGUGGCUAUUUGAGUAAACAAAUGUCCAAGUCUUUCAAUGAACCCUCAGGUGACGUUAAAGGCUUCACCAAUCCCAACACCAAUGAAAGUGUUACUUACAAGCAGUUGGUGGAGAAAUGUGUAAGAGAUCCCAACUCUGGUCUGUGCUACCUGUCUCUGUCAAAGGUCGAAGCUCCUGCUCCUGUUGAGAAAUCUUAUCAGUACACAGAGGAUCAAGCCCAAAAAGAUCUAGCUAACACUCAAAUUGAGAUCCCCCAUAAGAGUUUUGCAGGAAAGACUAUGACCAUUUGGGAAGUCAUGAACUCAAAUAUGCUUCCAGAAGAGGAGAGAUGGCGCCUCAUGGAGCAGUAUCGCUUGGGGCAAAUUACAAAGGAAAGAAUGCUAAUCAUCAUCAUUGAAAUCAUUGAACAAAGGGAGACUCUAAAGUCAGAGCAGAGCAUGUCAUGUGAUGUAAUCAGAAGAAGAGUUACUAUUGAGGAGCUAUACAGUGCUCGAAUUAUUGACUUGCACACAUACAACCUCUUGAAACAAGAAAAGAUGACUAUUCGUGAGGUCAUGGAAAUGCCAUCAGUAAAACAGUACCUAUUUGGUACUGGUUGCAUUGCUGGAAUCAUGUCAGACAGUCCUCCAAAGAUCAGCAUUUACCAGGCUAUGAAAAGCGGACUGAUUAAGCCUGAAGUUGCUUUGAAUCUCCUUGAGGCCCAAGCAGCAACAGGAUUCCUGAUUGAUCCUGUGAAAGAUGAACUUCUAACAGUUGAUGAAGCUGUACGCAAGGGGCUUGUGGGCCCUGAACUUCAUGACAAACUUCUUUCUGCUGAAAGAGCUGUUACAGGUUACAAGGAUCCAUACAGUGGAAAAGUGAUUUCCCUCUUCCAGGCAAUGAAAAAAGACCUUGUUCCUGAGGAUUAUGCCUUGAGGCUUUUGGAGGCCCAGCAGGCCACAGGCGGACUAAUGGAUCCUGAAUACUACUUCCACCUCCCCACAGAUGUUGCCAUGCAGCGUGGAUACAUCAACAAGGAGACACUUGACAGAAUAUCUGAACCUACUUUGGAUGUGCGAGGUUACACUGAUCCAACGGCAGAUGACAAACAGUCCUAUGCCCAGCUCCUGAAAAGAUGCAGAGUUGAUAAAGAAAGUGGUUUGCGGCUACUUUCACUGGCAGAUAGAAGACUUCUCUUCAAGGGUCUCAGAAAGCAAAUCACUGUGGAUGAGCUGCUUCGUUCACAGAUUAUCAACCAAAAGACAUACAAUGAACUCACUGAGGGUAUCAUCACAGUGGAGGAGGUCAGCAGAGACCUGAAGAAAUACCUUGAGGGUACCAGCUGUAUUGCUGGUGUGUAUGUAGAAUCUAGCAAAGACCGUCUGUCUAUUUACCAAGCAAUGAAGAAGAAUAUGAUCAGACCAGGGACUGCCUUUGAGCUCCUUGAGGCUCAAGCUGCCACAGGAUAUGUAAUUGAUCCUAUUAAGAACCUGAAACUAAAUGUCACUGAAGCUGUUAAGAUGGGUGUUGUUGGCCCAGAGUUUAAAGAUAAACUCCACUCAGCUGAACGAGCUGUCACAGGCUAUAAGGACCCUUAUUCUGGCAAGGUCAUCUCACUAUUCCAGGCUAUGAAAAAGGGCCUCAUUCUGAAAGACCAUGGUAUUCGUCUGCUAGAGGCUCAAAUUGCUACUGGUGGAAUCAUUGAUCCACAGGAGAGCCAUCGCUUGCCAGUUGAAACAGCAUAUGAACGUGGCCUCUUUGAUGAGGAAAUGAAUGAAAUCCUCACUGACCCAUCUGACGACACAAAGGGCUUCUUUGACCCCAACACUGAGGAAAAUCUCACCUACCUGCAGCUGAUGGAGAGAUGUAUGAUAGACCCAGAAACAGGCCUUGCCCUGCUGCUGCUGAAAGAAAAGAAGCGUGAGAGGAAGACAUCAUCCAAGUCUUCUGUUCGCAAACGUAGGGUCGUCAUUGUUGAUCCAGAGACAGGCAAAGAGAUGUCUGUGUAUGAGGCAUACCAGAAAGGGCUCAUUGACCACCAGACCUAUCUCGAGCUUGCAGAGCAGGAGUGUGAAUGGGAGGAAAUUACCAUCACCUCAUCUGAUGGAGUUGUGAAAUCCAUGAUAAUUGACAGAAGAUCGGGGCGGCAGUAUGACAUUGAUGAUGCAAUCUCAAGGGGCCUGAUUGACAAGUCAGCUCUGGAUCAGUACCGUGCAGGAACUCUGUCCAUCACAGAGUUUGCAGACAUGCUGUCUGGAAACAUGAGUGGUGUCAGAUCACGUUCAUCCUCCUUUGGUUCCUCUUCCUCUUACCCCAUGAGCCCAAUACCUUCCAUAAAAACACCAGCGACCACAUGGAACGACCCAACUGAGGAAACUGGCCCUGUGGCUGGGAUCUUAGACACAGAAACACUGGAGAAGGUGUCCAUCACGGAGGCCAUACACAGAAACCUUGUGGACAAUAUAACAGGUCAAAGGUUGCUGGAAGCUCAGGCCUGCACAGGAGGUAUCAUCGACCCAAAUACUGGAGAGAAAUUCUCUGUUGCAGAGGCAAUGAACAAAGGGCUUGUGGAUAAAAUCAUGGUGGACCGCAUCAGUCUAGCUCAGAAGGCGCACAAUGGAUUUGAGGAUCCCAGAACCAAAACCAAAAUGUCAGCAGCUCAAGCUCUAAAGAAAGGCUGGCUCUACUAUGAGGCUGGGCAGCGAUUCCUUGAGGUCCAGUAUCUCACUGGUGGAUUAAUUGAACCAGAUGUUACCAGCAGAGUCUCCAUAGAUCAGGCUGUGAAGAAAGGCACCUUAGAUGCACGUACUGCACAGAAGUUACGAGAUGUUAGUGCAUACUCAAAAUAUCUCACAUGCCCUAAAACCAAGCUUAAAAUCUCUUACAAGGACGCCAUGGAAAGAAGCAUGGUAGAGGAGGGGACUGGUCUGCGACUACUUGAAGCAUCAUCUCAAUCAAGCAAAGGCCUCUACAGUCCCUAUAGCAUGAGUGGAUCAGGCUCCGCUACUGGAUCACGGUCUGGCUCAAGAACUGGUUCCAGGUCAGGCUCCAGAAGAGGCAGCUUUGAUGCCACAGGAUCAAGUUUAACAACAACGUUCUCUUCCUCUUCCUACAGUUCACCAAGCUACGGCCGCCGAUACUGAUGAGUUUGAAAGUUAAGGAAUGAUUUCUAAGGGAAGAAUACACUAUAAAACAACAGUACUCACCAGAUGCCUAAUUCUCAAUUGAAUAAGGACUACUUUUAUUCUGCUCUGCAUGUGGUUGUUACAGGACUAAUAUUUAAUUUUAUACAAGUUGAAUAAUUUUCUUUAUUGUAUAUUUCACAUUUACUUUUAGUCAUGUUUAUGCUAUCUUAUCAGACUUUCUGAUUACCGUACUGUAAGCAGCAUAUGCAAGAGCUGGUAAUUAUUUCCGAUAUCUAUCGCAAAAGUUUCAAGAGUACCUGAUAUUUUUUUGGUUUUUAAAGUUUAAUAACAUUAGCAUUUACUGUUCCACAAACAAGAUAUUACAAUAUUGUGUGUGUUAAACUAUAACCAAAACUGUUCAUUACCAUUAGCCUGAUUGUUAAGGAGAACCAAAUUGGGUGUACAAACAAAGAUUUCUGUACAUGUGUAUAUUUCUGAAGUUAGCUAAAGAAACAUAAAAUGCCACUCUGCAGAGCAGAAUAAGGAUUCUCCCUAAGCUGAAUAAACACCAAGAGUGUCUGCUUUAAGAAUGCCAAGCUUCAAGAUCUUUUCUCUCCUGGGCUUCACUGCCACAUAUACUCUCCCAAUAUCUACUCCAUUUCUCAAUUGUCUGUCAUAAAACUUAACAGCAACAGUGUCAGCAACAUGCUAACCUUGUGAAAUGAACCUCAAAGCGCAAGCUCCCACAAAUGGAAGGAUUAUGUAUCCUAAUAUGACCAUUAACACCAUCUGACAGUUCUGGACUUUACACAUCCAACUUCAAGACCAACACAUACAAGUCCCUGCCUUUCUGGACCCUUUAAAAGAUAUUGUCUUCACAGUUCAUGUCACCUCCAGCUCUUUGCUCAGAUAUCUUCCAGAGACCCGUGGCAUUAAUUUGGACUGUGACCUUCACUGUAAUCAAUGAUUUUAUGCAACAGUACAGAAACACACUUACUCAUAUGAUGUUUCAUCAGAUUCUUUUAAUGGUGGACCAUUUUGAAACUUGCAUCUAAUCUUGAACUCAAUUAAAGGCCUAAACCAUGCUUUGUAAGUGCCUGCAAAAUACUCUUAUACACUUAUUGGGAUGUUGAGUAUUAUAAGAUGGUGCAGUGGUUACACUGUAAACUGACUGAUGCAUGACUGAAAGUGCAAUGCUACCCAUAAUGGUAUGAUUACUGUGUUAUCAGGUAAGCCUUUUUACAGUCCAACUACUGUAAUGUCACAAUCUAACUUUAAAAUAUUUCAGUGUCAAAAAUGAUUGAAAAAGAUUUACAUUAUUUGAAUUUUUUUCCUUCAGACAAGUAAUGUAAUGUAUGUACUGUAUAUUGAUUAUGUAGAGCACUAUUGCUAAAAGCCAUUAAUUACCAUUUCUUUGAGAAAGAUCUUUAAGCUUUGCCACCAGACCCAGUAUUUGUAUUUUCCACCACAUAUACAUGUUUUGAUUUUAAUUCUCCUUUGUAAAGAAACACAUUCAAUCAUUUUAUUUUCGUACUCUAUAUUUCUGCUUUGCAUGAUUUACUAACAUUUAAAAGGUGCAAAAAUGAAAUAGUUGUAUCCAUUAAAGCAUUUGUUUUAUUAUGUUUCAAAAGGUUUGAAGGAUGUAUUUUAAUGAGGGUUAUCAAGCCUUGGUUAAAAUGGUGUAUUUAUAAUAAAAUGGUGACAAGGAAUUUUAUUGUAACACCUUAUGCUAUGUAAAUAAACAUGGAAAUGAAA